AUGGCAAGCAUUGUCACUGCAGAACCUGCAGGAUCACUACUACUGCUGAACUCCAAUGACUUUCAGCCCGACCAGACGGUCCGCGAACUUACAGAAAAGCUCAAAGAACGCAACAUAGUCCUGGAUGAUAGUAUUGCUCACAUAAUGGGGAUCUGGGCUAAGGCUAUGCGACUGGGCUCUGCUGAUGUGCCCUCCCAGCACAUGAUUCGCGAAUUCGUCCAAGUUCUUAUCGACGGGUGGUCAAUAACCUUUGAGGGCGACUUCCACACCAGGACAUCUCUAGCAACGACUUUCGCUCGCGCUUUAGGCUCUAGGACCUUCCAAAUCCAGCAAGUCAUCGAAGAAUUCAUCGUUGGCCUUGAACGUACGUAA